UCCAUCCACCAUCUGGGGGCUGAUCGUGUGAUCAGGUUUAGUUACAUUUCUCCGCCUGGUUUGAUCGUGUGAUCGGGACUUGUGAUCAGGUUUCUGGGCCUGGUUUCCAGGUGUGGAUCAUGCAGAUCCUGACCCCGCAGGUGUUCUGGGCGCAGCGGCACGGAGAGAUCUACCUGCGGGUGGAGCUGAGCGACACCAAGAAUCUCAACAUCAGCCUGCAAGAAAGCAACACACUUCAGUUCAGAGCACAGGGCCACGGAGCCAAAGGAGACAAUGAAUAUGAGUUCAGUCUGGAGUUCCUGGAGCCGGUCCGACCCGAGAUCCACCAGAAGUCCACUCAGCGCCAGGUGGACAUCAGGAUCAAGAAGCAGGAGGAGCGCUGGUGGGACCGGCUGACGCUGCAGGCCAAAAAGCCUCUGUUCCUGGCGCCGGACUUCGACCGCUGGGUGGACGAGUCGGACGCCGAGAUGGAGCUCCAGGCGAAGGAGGAGAAGAUAAACAAGAUAAGUGUGGAGUCGAGAGUCCGUAAAGACCCCUACAUCGGUCUGAAGAAAGGCUACCUGUUCAUGUACAACCUGGUGCAGUUCCUGGGCUUCUCCUGGAUCUUUGUCAACAUGACUGUUCGGCUUUUUAUUCUCGGUCAAGACUCGUUCUACGAUACCUUCCACACCGCGGCUGACAUGAUGUAUUUCUGCCAGAUGAUGGCCGUGCUGGAGGUCGUCAACCCCCUGUUGGGUCUGGUUAAGACCGGAUGGAUACCUGCCAUGAUACAGGUGGCGGGGAGGAACGUCAUCUUGUUCGUGAUCUUCGGCAGCCUGGAGGAGAUGCAGAACCGGACCGUGGUCUUCUUCGUGUUCUACCUGUGGAGCACCAUCGAGAUCUUCAGAUACCCGUUCUACAUGCUGGCCUGCAUGGGCACCGAGUGGAAGCUGCUCACGUGGCUGAGAUACAGCCUGUGGAUCCCCCUGUACCCGAUGGGCGUGGUGGCUGAAGCCGUGGCCGUGAUCCAGUCCCUGCCCAUCUUCGAUGAGACGCGUCUCUUCAGCGUCCCGCUUCCUUCCUUCCUGGGACGGUCGCUGAGCUUCUCCUACACCCUCCAGCUGUACCUGGUCCUCAUGUUUCUGGGACUCUUCGUUAACUUCCGGCACCUGUACAAGCAGCGGCGGAGGAGAUACCGCUCCAGGAAGAGGAAAGCCCCCUGACCUGUCCACACCUCUGCUGUGCAAGCACCCUUAGACGGGUUUACUUUCCUCUUAUUGCCUUUUUUCAUGUUCCUGCACCUCCGCACAGAGCUGAUGAGAGCUGCUCGCCUGAUUCCUCCACUGGGCGAACUCCGUCCCGUUCAUCCCUCAUCCUUCUUUGUUUCUUGUUUUUUACCAGCUGGAUGACUCAAACGGGUCUCUGAAGAAAUCUGUCCAGGUCAAUGUUGUAUUUCCCUCCUCUGAGGUUUUAAUGUUUUAUUCCCUUAAAAACACCCAUAUUUAUGAAGACUUAUACGCUGCAUGUGUCUGUUUGAAGUCACCGUGUUUUAUUUGUUGAGUUUUAUCUUUCACUUGUACAUGCAACUGUUUUUCUUAUAUUUUCACAAAGAUGGAAAAAUCAAUGACACCAAUUGUUAUGUCUUUAAAGAACUGUCGGACAAAUGCAUUGAAGGUGAAUGACUGGAAAGUCCCGUGUGUCGUCUGAUUGUAGGUGGCUUGAAAUGAACUCGGCGGGUUUCUUUUAUUCAUGCACCAGAUUAUUUGAGGUUCAAACUGCUCGUAUCCUUAUUCUGUUUCAGCCGACUCAGUAAACGCACUCACAGGUUGAAAUCACGCUUAUUUAAAACACAGUCUGGAAAUACUCUCUGAUACUGCUGGAGAGAAAAGCUUUCAGUAUUUUUGUCCAGGCUCCGUCCGAUACCGUCAAAAUUCUGAUCCUCAAGAAUCGUUGCAGGUGGAGAAGCGGUGACACGUCGUUUUGCAGAGCUAGGUAUCGGGUAUUAGUACAUCUAGUAUUAGUAUAUCUAGUAUUGGCAGCUUGUUUAGGCUGGAAAAUCCCACCAGGGCAUACUCAUUUUACAAGGCUGAGGGUUCCCGAGGUUGCACGAAUGUUUCUGGAAGCAACUCCAUGAAGCAGUUAAGAAGCCCUGAGGGGAAAGGUCACGUUUGUCAAAUCCACAGGGAACAUGGACGAGUCAAAACUGCAAACUCUGGAGUUUAUGGUGUUGAAUGUGUGUUGAAUUCAUAUGCCUGGAUGACGGAAAUGUCGGAUUUGGACGUGUAGUUGAACAUCUGGAGCAUCUGUACAGAUGUUCUCUCCAAACGGGAGGAUCUGAUCUGCUCAGAUUAGCUGCUUCACAACAGACGUUUGGAUCCCCAGGUGUUCAAAUGUCAAACAUAAGAUCUUUUUAUUUUACAUCUGUGACUGCACUGUAACUCAUUUUCUUAUCUAACAGAUUGUCUUUAUUUAUUCUUGGUUUUAAAAACUUUAAUCAAAAAUAACCGUGUUAUCAAGCUUCCACUUUUGACUUAAACAUCGAACUAAAUUAAAAGCAUUCGGAGCAGAAGUUUGACGACUGCACGUCAUCACAACAGGGCUCAGAAUAUUAAGUGAAGUAAUUGUUUUUUUUUUUACUCAAUUACCUUUUCAUUAACUUACGAUGAUUUAUAGGAAGUUAUUAAAAAAAUAAUAAUUAAAAAGUGAUGAUACUUGGUGUAAACACUGGAAAAGUUUCAAUAGUUCAACAUGUUGAACUUAUGAAGUUUAAAUGCUUUCUUUAAAGUUUGUUGAUAAAAGUAAAUAUGUGAGGUAAAUUUACAUAAAAAAAAUGGCUAUAAACUAAAAGUCCUCUAUUUUAAAGUGACACCAAGAAGUGUUUUCAUGUUAAAAUAUCUGUUUCGGUUUAAUUCAAUUAAAUUCCCAGUGAUUUCUGAGCGAUUGUCUCCGUCUGGAUCAAUCGACAAAAGCCUCCUAAAGUGACCUUAGACCCGCCCUGAUCGGGUCGGUGCUUUACAACACACAUAAGCGUUGGUAACCGAACAAGAUCUCAGACUCUGUUGUGAAAGCGGUUUAACCUCCACGCUACAGGGGGACCCCUGAGCUAAAAAUAGCAAAAGCACCCUUGUGUUGCUUUAAAAGUAGGUGUUGGGCUCAGAAAUCAAUUUUUAGCCAUGAACCUCUGAUUAAACAGCCAUUCAGUCUUUUAAUGUCAAUAAAGCCACGCAAGCUACACUGAUGGGAACUACUUCAAGGGAGUAAAAUAGUCAGAAAAUCCUAGUUUUCUUCAAAAAGUCUGUUUUACUUUGUUAGAAAUAAGUUUCUGCAGUCGUCUUUUGAAUUCAAGAUGACGCAAGAAUAUGAAAAACUUGUUUUGAUUUACUGAUGCAUAUCUUUGUUUUUCUCAUAAAUGAACUUCCUGAUCACCCCUUCCUCCUCCUCCUCAUCAUCAUAAUUUCUGCAACUGACUGCAACAUGAGAUCAAAUCUGAGUGAAGUGUUUCCUUUUCCUCUUGUCCUUAAAGUUUGACGUUUAAGUAAUUAUUCACAUCACAAGUUGGAGGCCUUUUGCAGACCGGAGUGCGUGUGCUCACACAAACAACUUUAUGUGGGGAUGUCUGGACCACUGCUUUGUCUGAAGAAGGUUUACUUCCUUAAAAACAACAAUAAAGU